ACUCUUGAUAAUACAUGCUAACUCCUUCACUGAUGCCGAACUAAACUUGGGUGUCUUGAGGAUAUUUGCCAAGACAUUGGAGGAGGAAGAGCUGAGGAAUCAGUUAAUCGUGGAUGAUUGUGUAGCAGAAAUGGCCGACACCCUAUACAAGUCCAUAGUAACAUUCCACGACAACCAAAACAUCCUGGUGGCAUCUUUUACUGCCCUGAAAAAUCUCCUGACAGAUGAUAAUGAUCUUCAGGAAAGUUUUCUGCAGGAAAAAUGGGAAAUGACCUUGAAAUGCCUAACGACUUUCAACUCCAAUCCUGAGGUCACACAAGCCAUUUUGUCACUUCUAGAUGUCAUAGCUGCAAAUGACCAGCUGAUGGACUUCCUGGUAGCAGAGAACACCCAGAGUUUGGUGAUGGAGCAGUGCUUUAACAUGAAGAGUUCCAGGGGUGUGGCCACUAUUGGCUGUAGUCUCUUGUGUCGACUAUGUCAGUCAGAUUUUGUGAAGGAGUUUAUGACAACAGAAAACUUCCUGAGGAAGUCUUUAGUUCCCAUGAUGUAUGAGCACCGGUCAAAUUCAGACGUUCAGCAAGAUGGCCUCAUCCUACUUUGUCUUUUGUUGAAAUACAAUUUUGCCCAAAAUGAUGAACAGAACUCCUUGGAUCUUGGUCCUUUGUACGAUUGGUGUGAUCUCAUCAGCAUAGCCAUGUCCAAACAUCUGGAUAACAUUGAUGUACAGAUCUGUGGGUGUCGGACUGUGUCAGCACUGAUGGAGUACAAACCAGAGGUGUGUCACUGGAUAGGGGAGGACAUCGUGGACGGCCAGUCACAACUACCAAUCCACACACUUUGUCUGGGUGCCAUUUUGAUGUUCCGUGAGGAGAGUGAGGUGUUUGUGGUUGCCUGUGAAGCCAUUUAUUGGUUGGCCGCCGACAAUGAUAAACUCUGUACCCAGCUGAUGGAGAGAAACUGUCACAUCGCUAUCAUGGACGGCCUUACCAUACACAUGAGUAAGCUGAGCGCCGUGGGGGCUGGCUGUAAGGCUGUCCGUGGACUCUGUAUAUUUCAUGAGGCCUACAAACAUGUUGUCAUUAAAGACGGGAUUCAGGCACUUAUCACCAAGGCGAUGUACAAGUUUCCAGGCAACCCUGAGAUACAGAUCGAGGUCAUCAGUAUGCUUGCAUGUCUAGGAGAUGUAGAUUUUGUCCGCUAUCAGUGCUUUGUAGACGGAAUUCAUUCCAAGAUCCUGACUAACCUAGACUUGUUCAAGGAUAACGAGAUUCUACAGGAGGCCAGUCUGGAGUGUCUGAGUGUCCUGUCUGCUGCGGGAAGUAAUGUGGAGCUGAUGAACGUGGCCGGCACGGUGACACAUGUGAUAGAAGUUCUCAGGAACUACACAGAUUCUAUAUACAUUCAGAGGAAAGGGUUGAUAUUAUUACAAGUUCUGGCAUCUGAGAAAAUCUACAAAGACAGAAGUUUACACAGUAGACUUGCCGAAGUCAUCAGUACAGCAAUGAACACACAUAGCAGUGACCUUGGAGUUGUGAAAGAGGCCUGUGUAGCUAUACAGAUUCUAUCCGAGGGCGGGGGACGCUGGAUGAGUGACAGUUUUAUCAAGGAGGGGUGUCCUGAAAUUCUCUUCUGCCUACUUCAGCAACAUAACUCUGAUCCACAGGUACAUGACCUCGCCAGCGAGUGUCUGUAUGUCCUUGGGUUAGAACAGGUACUGCGCUCUAAGAUGUUGUUAUCAGCUUGUAAGGCUGGCAACUUACCUGCAGCUGAUUGUCUGUUGGAGCUGGGAGCAGAUGUCAACUUUGUACAAGAUGGCUGUACUCCUUUGUAUAUUGCUGUGGAAAAACAGAAUGAGGACCUUGUUCAGCUCUUACUGAGACAGCACAUCACCGACAUUCAGAGUCCCCUGAGACUGAGUCUGGAACAGUCUAGUCAUCAGAUUACGGGCAUGUUACUGGGGCACAUCAACAAAGACCGGGAGGGUAUGAUAAUGUCAUGGGCGGGUCAGGGCCUAGGAACGCUCCAACCGGCAUGGUUUGUGAUGGCCCUGUCAAACCCAGCACGCAUCGGUUCUACAGAGAGUGGGAAACUCAUUUUAACAAAAAUCAAGAAGAGCCAGCAGAAACAUUUGUCACGCUCAGCAGUGUUCACAGCCAAGAACAACGACACACGACUUGACAACAAGAAAUACUUUCGCUACAAGAGCCGCCGACGUCACCACAGCGACGGUGUUGUUAAAAAGAAGAAUUUAUCACUAAAUGAUCCUGUACCUCGUCAGCAUUCAUACGAAGGAUACCAUUCCACACUGAAUCACCAUAAGGAGGAAGGCAUACCCAUACCCUUCUCAGUCUCUCCAUAUCAACUAUCCCCAGUAAACAGUUAUAGUCCUGUAUCCUCUCCCCCCAAACAUCCAGGAUUCCUCUCCCAAAAUCCAGGAGUCUCCUCCAACAACCCUAGGUCCCCCAAUCAGACCCAUGGGUUCCCCUCCAGCAACCCUAGGUCCCCCACCCAGAACCAUGGGUUCCAAUCCAUUAGCUAUAGAUCUCCCACUCAGAACUCAAUAGUCUCUACUCACAGCCUUAUAUUCCCCACCCAGACCCAUGGGUCCCCCUCCAACAGUCCCAAGUCUCCCACCAAAAAUCUGGGUUUCCCUUCCCAUGAGCUUGGUUCCCCCUACCAGAGUCCUGGGUCCCCACCCAACACCCCAGGGCCCUUCCCCUCACAGAGGCUACAACCAAAGAAUAUCCCCAUUCCUCCUCCGACACAGAGACAGCGUCCACAGACCUUACCAGGACUUACCUACAUCACACAAAGUAAUGCAGUCAGUCCUACUGAAGACCAUCCUGUGUUUGAACUCGGCCCCACAUCACCAGAUGAUAUUAAAAUACCGGUGUUUGAGGCUAGUUGUAAUGACCUUGAUGAAUGGAAGACAACGACCUUGACUGGAGCUAAUGUUCCCUUUAGUCCCUCUGACCCUCGACUUCGACAGACCGAGAUAGAGGCUUCGUGUGUGGGGUCAAGACAUAAAGGUGAAUGGAAGCGGAAGAAACAAAAUCUGUCUCCGUCUUUGUCCCGGUUUGAGAACUUGACUCAGCAUAGACUCUCUGUACCUGUUUUGACAUUCAGUGGUGACCUGGAAUUUAUAGGCCAUAAACGACGAAACAGUGAUGGACAUGUAUCGAGGUCACGUCUAAGUAGUGUGGACUCUAUGUCCUCAGACCAAGAAUCUCGAGUGACCAGUAGUGACAAGAACCUGUUACGGCCAUCUCUGUUUGACCUCUCAUGCAAUGCACUGACCUCCCUUGAUUCUCUGGUGACUGUGUGUCCGGAUCUAGCCAUCAGCUUCAGUUGUGUCACCAAACUCUUUAUACACGACAAUAAGAUCACCAGUCUUCCAGACGAGAUGUUCCAGUACCUACCUAAACUUGAGGGUUUAGAUGUUCGAAGUAACUGUCUGACAGUGUUUCCCUCUCAAGCCUUGAAGUGCCCUUUACUAAGUGUCCUUGACCUUUCACACAACAAGAUACAGGCUGUGAGUGGGCUGGAACAGAACACUGCCCUGAAGGAGCUGUACAUAUCCCAUAAUAAUCUCCGCCAGAUUUCAUCCACACUGACCGCACACCUACAGGGACUAGAAGUACUGUUGUUGUCAAGUAAUAACAUCCAUGAGUUACCGGAGACUCCACUGAGGAUGGCAAUGUUACAAACACUCAACUUAAAUGACAACCACAUUUCAUUUAUACCCGAGCAGUUCCUCACAGGUUGUUCUAGGCUGGAGACACUGGAACUCUCUAACAAUGGACUAGAGAGGCUGCCUAGUGAGAACAUGGUAACAGAGCUUCCACGACUGGCCAAACUCAAACUAGCUAAGAACCAGCUUCUGGAGAAAGAGCCAUUCUACAUACCAAAGUUAAUUCUGGAACUCCCAAGUUUACGAUCUGUAGACCUCAGCAGUAAUGGAUUGGUUGGUAUACCUGCCCCUUUACACUGGAAGUCGACCAUGCUGAAGGAAGUCCUUUUGUGUAGGAACAACAUUACAAAGCUGAAUUUGGAUGGUGCUAAAGUUUGGUCAAAACUGGAGGCCCUCAACGUAUCCAACAACAAUAUCAGUGAGCUUCCUAAGGAGAUAGGUCAGUUGACCUCUCUGACCUCUCUGGACAUCAGCUACAACAAGUCACUGACCUCACUCCCAGAUGAACUAGGACGGUGUUCAAAGAUGUGGGAGAUGCCAUUGAAAGGGAUCGGUUUUUCCCUGGACAGGAUCCACCGGGGGAAAGUGAAGGACCUUAUAGCAUUCCUACACAACAAACUAAAAAAGGCCACACGGUACUAUCGUAUGAAGCUGAUGGUGGUGGGGUAUGGAGGGCGUGGCAAGUCUACACUACUGCGAGCUUUGAUGAAACAGUACCGGAGCCCACAACACGAUACACCGACUGUUGGUGUCAUAGUUCAGGACUGGAAAUUUGAGAGGCAGAAAAGCUUUGAGGAUUUCCACGGCAGUGUGACAUACACAAUCAACACAUGGGACUUCGCAGGCCAGGAGGACUUCUAUAGUACACAUCAGUGUUACCUCACCGACAGGGCCGUUUAUCUGGUGGUGAUGGACCUUCGGAAGGGGAUUGAGGAGUUGAACCUGUUGAGGUCGUGGCUAGCUAACAUCCAUGCCCGAGCCCCAGGUUGUCCAGUGAUUGUGGUCGGUACCUUUGCUGACUUGGUACCAGCUACCAAACGACACCUCCUUCAGAAUCAGAUACGGACCAAGCUCCGAGAUCUUGUGUUCAAACUUGGGUUUGCUGACAUCCAGGACUUUGUCACUGUUAACUGUACAAAGGAGACACCUGAGAUGGAGCAAUUUCGAGAAUUCAUCAAGGAGAAAAUUGACAGUUACAGAGUCAAAGGACAGCCUGUGAUGGGACAGAAGGUUCCUGCAGACUAUGUGAAACUGGCCGAGGUGUUGGAGGAGGAGGUUCGUAAUGAACAGACCAGGUACCCUGUAAUCACACAUACCCAACUUCUCAAGGUCAUUGAAAAACAUAGACUUGACCUUGAGGAGGAGGAGUUGAAGCAAGCUGUGCGGUUUCUACACCGAAGUGGCGUCCUGCUGCACUAUGAGGAUGCUGCUCUCACACUCAAGGAUUUGUACUUCAUAGAUCCAGGCUGGCUGUGUCGCAUGAUGGCGCAGGUUGUGACAGUAAAACAAAUCAACCCUUUCAUCAAGAACGGGAUUCUACGGAAACAAGACAUGAAGCAUUUGUUUACAGGGAAGAGGUUUGAGGUAGAGAGAACAUUCAUCUUCCCUACUGACCUGCUUCCCCAGUACAUCAGGCUCCUGGAAAAGUUUGAAAUUGCUCUGCAGUUUUCUGAGGAGGAAGUUUUGAUUCCCUGUCAUCUACCUGACAAACGGCCAGACCUACUCAUACCACAUCUCAAAAUGAACGAGAAGAUCACUCGCCACUAUAUAAUGCCUCUUGUUCCUCUGGGUCUGUGGUCACGACUCAUCACACGUCUGGUUGCCUUCUCCAACAGCUCUCUUACUCUGACCCUGGUGGAAGAGAAGCGUCCUCCUAUAAUGAAGUACUGGAAGAAGGGUGUAUUUGGUCACUGGUCCAAUAGUUCAUUUUUCCUGCUUGACUACCACUUCAUUGAGGAUGAGGAGAUUCACCUGAUGGUGCCUAAUACUUCCAAGGGAUCCACGUUGUUUGGACUCUUGGUUGACCACAUCAGCGCUCUGGUAGAGGAAUGGUACCCUGGCCUGACGAGUCUGGACCCAGUCCAAGGGAGAGAACUCCUGGUACAGCUUGUACCCUGUACUGGGUGUGCAGAUGAGGAAGACCAGAAGCACUUCCUGCUGGACGAUCUACUGGACCAGACCAAACAUGGAAUGGAGAUCUACUGUGAUGUACACAAGGGUAACGUCCCUUUAUCAGAGCUGGCCCCAGAUAUCAUGCUGAAUGAUUUAAAACCAGAGCUGCAAGUCGACCAAUCCAAGUUCGAAUUUGAUGAAAGUCCUGACAACCUGUUGGGAGACGGUGGUUACGGGGCUGUGUACCGAGGGACCUACAAAGGACAGGCCGCGGCCGUGAAAGUGUUCAACGUGGUCGGAGCAGUACACCCUCACAAGAUGCAAAGACAGGAGGCCACUGUACUUAGGUGUUUGAAUCACCCCAGCAUUGUGUCACUUUUAGGGGUCAGCUUUCAGCCCCGUGUCAUCGUCCUAGAGCUGGCUCCUAAGGGAUCCCUGGGAAAUGUUCUCAAAUCUGGCCGACCACUAGAUCGUAUCAUGCAACACAGGAUAGCCCUACAGGUGGCCGAGGGCCUGGUCUAUCUACAUCAGUUGAUGGUCGUUUACCGAGACAUGAAACCGGACAACGUUCUCAUCUAUAGUCUGGACCUCAACUGUUCUAUAAAUGCCAAGGUUUCUGACUAUGGAAUCGCACGGUUCGCCACGUUGGAUGGACUGUUGGCCCAGGAAGGGACACCUGCCUACCGAGCACCCGAGGUCAUCCGAGGAGAGCCCUACUCCUUCACUGCAGACGUGUUUUCCUAUGGAAUCACACUUUAUGCUCUCCUCACUAGUGGACGACAUCCGUUUGAUGAAUUUGAGUUCAAAAGUGAGAUGGACAGAGCCAUCGCUGAGGGGGUGACGAUGUCGGCUAUCACCCAGCGUGGAGCCAGUCCCUGGCCAGACAUGGAGAGUUUACUGAACGAAUGUCUGUACAACUCACCGGACAAGAGACUCCAGUCCAAGGACAUUGUUAAACGUUUGAAGAACCCAGAUGUCCUCAGUCUAAGGAGUUUUGCCCUUGUGUCCAAAUCAGCAUCACUGGAAUGUUUUACAGUUCAGGAGAGUGAUCAACAGACCCCAGUUUUGUGGUUUACCAGUGGGUCCAUGGAGCAUGUUGAGCUUUCUCGUAUCAACCUUGUUGACCCAUCCCUCAAACACCAGGGUACCUACUUUCCACAUGGGCGGAUCCUUUGUCUCCAGCCGAUCACACGUGGGUUCCUGUUAGUUGGCAGUCAGCAGUCACGAAUCUGGGUGUAUGAUACGCACUCCUGCAAGUUCCGCCAUUCCUCCAGUCUCCUGCCUGAUCAUGUGCUCUGUAUCAAGCAUAUACGAGGUUCCACAGAUGACCUUGUGUUUGCUGGUCUGGCCAAUGGUUUACUAGCAGUGUUUCCUGUGUCAGAAAUCAUAGCAGAGAAGAACGCUGUACCAAUGUGUCUCCGAAUCGGUGAGAUACAGGAGCCUGUCCGCUGUAUGGAAGUACAGUCCCACAAAUGGUUACUAUACGCCUCAUGUGGGUCUCGGAUUGCUGUGAUUUGUACACGCCGGGGGAUAUCGAUGGAGCUGAUAUUUGAUACACUCAAUCAGAGUAAGAAACCAAGCCCUCCAGUAUACACUAUGGCCCUGGGCACGUCCCUCCUGCUGUCCCACAAGGGACAACCCAAUGUACAGAUGUGGGAAAUGGGACGUACGAGAGGUUCCAGUACCUCACCUAAACUCCGACAUACCUUUAACAUCGCCAGUAUGUUUGAUCUGCCAGAAAAACAGGGUCGUGUGACCUCUUUGACCCUUGUACAAGACAAUGGUAUGGCUUGGGUUGGAACAGGUGGAGGACACAUCAUACUCAUCGACCUCAAAUCUAUGGCAGGUGUGGCCAUCACUCACAGAUACUCCAGCGCCAUCCGAAGUCUCAUUUACCUCCGUCCCAAAGGAGAUUUCAAGUGGUCAGCAGUUCUCAGUGGAGGGUUGGGGUUCAUGGAUAAACCAGGAGGUCAAGGGGUCAAAGAUAAUGAGUACAGCUGUUUGGCGGUGUGGGACCCUAACUAUGAUCAGACAUUCCGACAGUUCCUCAAAUACUUGGAGUCGAGGACAGAGAAGGAAACAAAUGCGGACUUUUAAUACAAUAUGUGUAGAGAUGCUCACAAGUACAUUGUCACAAGUACAUUGUCACAUGUACAGUGUCACAAGUACAUUGUCACAAGUACAUUGUCGAGUCUGGACAGAUAAGGAAACAAUAAUGGACAGGUUUUAGUUUCCCCAGGCAGCUAAUUAUCUUAAUUACAGACGACUUUGACAAUAUGUUGAUAUUUGUUUAAUCAAUAUCUGUUUAUUUUUCAUUCAAACGUUUUAUUGAUUCUGAUUUAAGCAGAAUAACAAGUUACAAGUUCUAUUAAUGUAUAUAAGCCCUUUCCUCAGUAAAUCUAUUUCAAUAACAGGACACCAUGAAUGGAUAUAUUUUAUAACCAAACCAUAAAAUGAUGGAGUGGAUAGAUAGUAAGAAAGUACAGAAAGUGACAACUAUAACAAAACAAUUUCAUAAUAGUAUGAUAGUUUGUUAUUAGAUGUAUUUCAAUCUGACACGUCCUGUCUACUGUUUUAGUUUUUUCUUGGAUAUUUGACAAGUGCUGUCAUAUUGUUACCUAGUUCUAACAUACCAAAGACAUUUCUUUAAAUACAUGUAAAUAAAAGUAAUUGUCUGACAUUUAUGCUGGUAAUUGCCCGGUAUUGAUGUGAUUACCACCUCUUACCUUUAUGUAAUUGUCUUUGCCGUGUCUUCCACAAGUGAUUCAUCCCCAGUCACUUCGUUAUGGGAAAAGUUCUAUUUUGUAUAUAUGGACAAUUACAAAUAUUUAUUGGUACCUAACGGUAUGACUAAAAGGGCUUUGUACAAUUUCCAUCAAUCUUUAUAUAGUUGGAACUCAUUCCCUUUGAAUCUUAUGUAUUAUAUCUGUUUAUCUGCUAUCGAGGGAAGAAGGUUUACCAAUCGGUAUAAUGUUUGAAUUCAUUAUAUAUCCAGAAACCAUUAUCUCCUCUGAUAUUUGAUUAAUUAUCUCCCCUGAUAUUUAACUAAUUAUCUCCCCAUAUUUAACUAAUUAUCUCCCCUGAUAUUUAACUAAUUAUCUCCCCUGAUAUUUAACUGAUUAUCUCCCCUGAUAUUUAACUGAUUAUCUCCCCUGAUAUUUAACUAAUUAUCUCCCCUGAUAUUUAACUGAUUAUCUCCCCUGAUAUUUAACUAAUUAUCUCCCCUGAUAUUUAACUAAUUAUCUCCCCUGAUAUUUGAUUAAUUAUCUCCCCUGAUAUUUAACUAAUUAUCUCCCCAUAUUUAACUAAGUAUCUCCCCUGAUAUUUAACUAAUUAUCUCCCCUGAUAUUUAACUGAUUAUCUCCCCUGAUAUUUAACUAAUUAUCUACUCUGAUAUCUAACUUAAAUAUUUGCUCUGGACUGAUGUCUGCCCUGACAUCUAACUGAUUAUCUACCGUGGACCCUAAUGUGUUCCCUGUUAUUUAACUGAUUACCUCCCCUGAUAUUUAACUAAUUAUCUCCCCUGACAUAUAACUGAUUAUCUACCGUGGACUAAUGUCUUCCCUGUUAUUUAACUGAUUACCUCCCCUGUUAUAUGAUUAUCUUCCCUGUUAUAUGAUUAUCUCCCCUGUUAUAUGAUUACCUCCCCUGUUAUAUGAUUAUCUCCCCUGUUAUAUGAUUAUCUUCCCUGUUAUAAUGUAUUCUCUUAUUUUACAUGAUGAUCCUGUCUGAUUUUUAACUGAUUAUCUCCCCCUUUUACAUGACUAUAUUCCUGAUAUUUAACAAAUUUUGUGUAUAUCCCAUCAACUUAUGCCUUUAUAUUUUAUAUUUUUGUAUGCAAUGUCUUUGAAAUAAACUUAUGCCUUGCCUGUUGUUUACAUGAUCAAUUCCCCUGAUAUUUUAAUAAUCAUCUCCUGUGGUCUAAGUUUUACAUGAUUAUUCCCCCGGACAUUUAGCUCAUUAUCUUCGCUUUUACGUGAUUAUUUCUUGAUCUUACAGUUGAUUUCCCCCUGCAUGUUUACAUGAUUAUGUCUUGCGAAGACGGAAGUGUUUAUAACCUCUUGCCCUGACUUUUAUAUGACCUCCUCUCAUGACUUUUGUAUGACCUCUCCUGACCUUUAUAUGACCUCCUACCCUGACCUUUAUAUAAAUUUCUUGACCUUUUUAUGACCUCCUACACUGACAUUUUGAUGACCUUCUACCCUGACAUUUAAAUGACCUCCUACCCUGACCUUUUUAUGACCUCCUACCUUGACCUUUUUAUGACCUCCUACCCUAACCUUUAAAUGACCUCCUUGACCUUUUUGUACAGUACAAGAUUUGUCCCACAAUUUUUAAAUGAUGACCUUAAUUUAUCACGUCAUCCUUUAAAUCUUUUUUUCACCUAAAGGGGAAAAAAUAUUGUGAUAUUUGAAUAUGGAGUUUUUAAGAUUUUAUUAUGCUUUAUCUUGAUGGUGCUAAUUAAGUAAAUAAUGUUACUUUACAUGGUACACAUGUAUGGCUGAUAUUUAUGGUAUGUGUGUUGUUGUGUUACACAGGUACAUGUCUCUGAUUGUUUAAUAUAGACCUGGUAGAUAUAUGGACUUCACUAUCCCUCACCUCCCAGGUACUACAGAGUGAUAGGCCUUUAUUUCACCUUUUAUAUCUGUUUUCAUAUUUUGUAACUUUACUUUUGAUUAAGAUUCUUGCCAAAAUUGGUCAGAGAUUUGAACUUACAUUUUGAUGUCCUGGCUACAAGGUAACUAGGAGAUAGUAUGGUAGUAGAAUAAAGAAAUUUAUAAUUCUAUAUCGAUUUCAGUGCUAAUGUGUUAUUAUUUAGAGUUUGUGUUCAUGUAUAUUUACCAGAAUAUGUUUAUUAUUGACAAGAAUUUAUAUAAGAAUGUAUAUUCAUAAAAUUCUAUGAAAAUUAAUACUCGGUUAUAAUGUUUAUUUACGAAAAUGAGUAUUCAGGAGAUUGAGUAAUUACGAGAGUGUGUAUUAGAAUGUAUAUUUAGGAGAACUGUUGUUUUUUAAAGAUUAAAUAGCCAUUAGGAUGGCUUUAUGUAUAUUCUUGAGAUACUUUAUCCAAGUGCUCACCUUUUUGAUUUCGUAUUUUAUUUAAUUCUUCCAAGCAACUUUUUACAGGAAGGAAGUGAAGGACAUGUUGAGUUUUCCCAUUGAAAUUGAAGUGAAGUUUCCUUAAAUCCGUUGAGUUUUCCCAUUGAAAUUGAAGUGAAGUUUCCUUAAAUCCGUUGAGUUUUCCCAUUGAAAUUGAAGUGAAGUUUCCUUAAAUCCUGGAAAAAAAGUUUGUCUGUCUAUGAAAUGCUUUUUUAUUGCAGCUCUUACAUAAUUAAGAUAUUACUGCCGUAGUAUUAGCGUAAAGAUUGUAUGUCAAAUGGGCUGGACAUUUAUACUGAGGUAUACAUUCCGGUUAUUAUGUUACUUAUUUCAGCAUUAUUAAAUAAAUUUAAGUAAAUAAAA